ACUCAUUUCUACGAACUGUGUCCUUAUCUGAAUUUUCAAACCAUUCAUCCCUCUACUAUUGCUACUACACUCUACCAGACACCUCGCUUAGACGACCAAGACACCUCUAUCUCUCCAAACAAAACGCAGACCAUCCGCCAUCUCUGCCGCUGCGCCAUUCCUUGUCGCCAAGGCACCACUGCUCUGCGCCUCUUGAAACAGUAGCUCCAAACAGAGUGCUGAUCUUUGCUGGAUUUCAGCAAAACAGAUUUGAGAAGCAUAGGAAUCACCAAUCAUGAUAACCUUGAGGCUUUGCUCUCUCUUUGUGAGGGUUUUGGGUUUGGACGAGGUCCUAUUUUCUUGAUUGGUGCACACUUUCCAUUCAUCGCCUCAGCUAAUAUUGGGAGCACACUUGCCAUGGCCACUGGCAUUGGAAGACAAACCCCUUGUGCCCUACUUCUCCGUACGAGACCAGCUCUAAACCAUGCCCUAACAUCCCUCGCAAACCCUAGCCUUUUCAGCGCGAGAAGACUCUUCUCCCUCUCUUUCUCUUCUUCAUCUCUUGCCACUAAUAAGCAACACAAGAGGGGCCCUCAACCUAUACUCUCAUUGCUUGAGAUUGGUGGAGUCAAGAUUGGCAAAGAUGAUGUUGUGAGGGAAAAUGAUCCUACAAACAAUGUCACCGAUUCGAUAUUCUCGAAAAUUGGGCUGCAGCUUCAUAGGAGGGACAACCAUCCCAUUGGGAUUUUAAAGAAUGCUAUUUAUGAUUAUUUCGAUGCAAAUUAUGGUGGGAAGUUCAUCAAGUUUGACGAUAUCUGCCCACUUGUUUCUGUGAAAGAGAACUUUGAUGAUGUGUUGGUUCCAGCUAAUCAUGUAAGCAGGAGCUACAAUGACACGUAUUAUGUUGAUGCUCAAACAGUGUUAAGGUGCCAUACAAGUGCUCAUCAGGCAGAAUUAUUGAGGAGAGGACACAGCCAUUUUCUUGUCACUGGAGAUGUUUAUCGUAGGGAUUCUAUCGACUCUACUCACUAUCCUGUAUUUCAUCAGAUGGAAGGGGUUCGUGUUUUCUCCCCUGCUGAAUGGAUCCCAUCUGGCCUGGAUGCAACUUCAUAUGCAGCCACUGAUUUAAAGAAGUCCCUCGAGGGCUUAGCACGCCGCUUGUUUGGUGCUGUUGAAAUGCGCUGGGUUGAUACUUAUUUUCCUUUUACGAAUCCAUCAUUUGAAUUGGAAAUAUACUUUCAGGAGAAGUGGAUGGAAGUGUUGGGUUGUGGAGUAACUGAGCAGGAAAUACUAAGAAGAAAUGGUAGACUGGAUAAUAUAGCAUGGGCAUUUGGGCUUGGUCUUGAACGACUAGCAAUGGUCCUGUUCGAAAUACCGGACAUUCGCCUCUUCUGGUUAACUGACAAGCGGUUUACAUCUCAAUUUUCUGGGGGGCAGCUGGGCGUUAAAUUCAAUCCAUUCUCAAAGUUCCCCCCAUGCUAUAAAGAUAUGAGUUUUUGGAUCAACGAUUCAUUUACUGAGAAUAAUCUUUGUGAAGUUGUCAGAGGUAUUGCUGGGGAUCUUGUUGAGGAGCAUCCUCACAUGAGAUCAGUUGGGGAAAGCCGCAGUUUUAAAAGGUGAGACUUUGUCCAGGCUUACCGAGUGAAUUAGGUUCUGGACCAUGAUAGUCCUGAGCCAAAUCAGCUAUUUUGAACAAGGUUCAAAAACAGGGAGGCGGCUGCCUAGACACAAGGGCGGCCUUCGUUGACUUUUUUUUAAUGUUGGACCCCUCACACCAUCCCCCAAUUUAUUGAAUAUAAAAUUGUCAUUUUUUUUAUUUAAUAUUUAAGUUUUAUAUAAAAUAUAUUGUCAAGAAGUCGGAAUUAUUUAAUAAGCAUUAAGCAAUUGUUAAACUAACUAAUAAAAACAAUUAUGGGGAGUAAAGUUAUGGUUUAUGAAUCAUACAAAUAAAUUCACGUAUAAAACUAAAAAAAAAGAGUAUAAAAACAAUAUUCAUUCGAUUUAGGGGCAAUGGAUUUUUUUAUUGAAUUGUUUUCCCAAAGACCCAAACUACAUGUCAAAAUGGGAAAAUAUUAAUCCAAAUAGUUAAUAACCUACUAAAUAUGUAUCACAAAAAAAAAUACAAAUAGCAAAGAAUAACAUCAUUAGACAUUAUGAAAAAAAAAUACAUAACCUAUUAAAAACUAGUGAAAUAUUCCAACCUUCUUGAAGUGGAAUCGAUAUUGGGCCAACCGAAAUGUUUGAGUUCCCAAAUCUCCUCUUUUACAACCACUAUAAGCCUAAAAAAGAUUGGGGAUGAAUAUCCUUUAAUUUCGUGACUAUUUGAAGAGGUUGAAAAAAUUUCGAUCUCUCUACUUGUCUUCAAAUCUUGUUUUUUUCAAAUUGUUUCACUCUAAACUUCACUAAAAAUGUUUUUGGGGGCAAGAAUGGCCCCCAAAACCUCUUUCCCCCCUUUUUAAGGGGUAAAAUAACAAUUUUAGACAUUGGCUGAGUGCCAUUUUCCGCCAUCAGGCCAGGCGGGCGAGGCGGCGCUCGCCGGUUACGCUACCUAGGCGAGCGCCUUGGGCGUCUUGGCAGACGCCUAGAUGGACCUGCCUAGAACGUGCUGCCUUGCCCACGACUAGGCGGUUUUUGAGAUGACUGCCUAGCAUCAAGGCGGCCGAAUUUUCAUUCAUUGCUUUUGAAUAUUCAAUUUUACAUCUUAAAGGGAUAAAUAUUUUGUUGAGAAGAAAGGAAUGAUGGUGCUUUAUUUUAUAUUGUCCAAUGGCAUUAUGUGACCUCUAAGAUGGUAUAAAAGGCUGUUAUAUGAGGCCAUAUAGAGCUCAUAGUUGUGCCAUAUCUUGAUCAUCUGAUGAGUGACGGUUUCAUGGCCAAGUUUGAAGCUAUAUUGGGAUCCUAUUAGGCUUUAUGAUUUGGAGUGAGAAGUUCCUUUUGAUAUGGAUAUGAUUUGUGAUGAUAUGUAUUAUACUAUUGCGACGUGCACUCUCCAAUGCUUGUUUGCCUUCUUUUGCGUUUCUUACACAGCACACCAUACAUUGAAGGAGGCCAUCUUAAAAAAAAGAUUUUGUUGAAUGAAAGAAGUAUUUGUAUGAGAACAACGAACUAUAUAUACAUGAUUGCAAUUGUCUAAAAUUCAAUUCGAGUAUUUAGUAAACCUAUAGAAGGCUGAGUCCAUAUCCAAAUGGUUUUCUAGUUGAUGGAUGCCUCCUGAACCUAUUAUUAAAUAAAGGAGUUAACGUAGCCAAUGUUUUUCUAUAUAUUAAUUGUUUGCUAGAAUCUGAUUCUGUCUAUUGAUUGUUAAUUUUGAUUGCAACCAUAAUACUGCUCAUGAAAAGAAAAACAUUGUAUAAAUAUGACAUUCGUGAUGCGUUGACCAUAAGGUCAAGUUCUUGCUCCAAAAGGCACUAUGUUGGAGUGGGC